GACAGCUGCCCGUUGCUCCGAACCGCAAAGCUUCUCAAACGUCCAUCCUCUUCUAUAAAUGUGUCUUGCGAGGGUUCAUGUCUUUCACCGUCUCUCUUCUUCAUCUUCCAACUUUCAUUUUUUGAGCAAUACAAUUUUGUAACUUUCGCUAAAAUAACUAGAGAUUUUCAGUGUUUCAGAAAAUAAAAUUUGACAACUUAAUUUGUUUUUAGUUUGAAGCAACUAGUAGAAGGAGAGGUGCGUUUUUUUUUUUUUUUUUUUUUUUUUUUUGAUGAAACCUUCUAGGAGGUGUGUUUGGGUGGUAGAGAUUUGUGAUGGGGCAAGAUAAGAGCUACGAUGUGGCGAGUGACAACAAGAAGUCGCCACCUUGCGAAUCGAGUCAGCCAGCUGAGAUGCGUCAUCGGAGAAUAGAAAUUCGCCAUAGCAGGUUUGUCGAGAACGAGCAGAAGCGCCAGAAGCUAGAGCCCUCUCCGUCCCCGUCGUCGUCGUCGUCAUCGUCCUCGCUUUCACUUGACAGCGAGGACUCCGUUGACAGCUGUUACGACUACGUUUCCGACUCCGAUAGCGAAGACUCGGAGACAAGGGAGAUCUCUGUUUCAAAUCAGCCUCCAAUUAUGUUGACUCAUGAACCUGUUGAAUCAAGGAUGCUGCAACCAAAGUUCGGUUUCAUUUCGGUGUGUGGGAGGAGGAGGUACAUGGAAGACACGGUGGCCGUUCAUCCCUCCCUUUUCCGGAAUGAAGAUGGCCCAUUACACUACUUCGGCGUUUACGACGGUCAUGGAUGUUCUCAUGUGGCGAUUAAAUGUAUGGAUCGAUUACAUGAGGUGGUGAAGGAAGAGUUGGAAAGCAGCGGAGGAGGAUUGGCGGACUGGGUGAGGGCGAUUCAUCGAAGCUUCUUUCGCAUGGAUAGGGAGGUGAGUACCAUACGACACGACGACGUUUCACGCACAUGGUACUGCGGGUGCGGGCUUAAACCGCCGAUGUGCUACUUCGUUGGAUCUACGGCUCUGGUCGCUGUCUUAACACCAACUAAGAUCAUCAUCGCAAACUGCGGUGAUUCCAGGGCUGUUAUCUGUCAGGAUGGCAACGUUUUCCCACUAUCAAUCGAUCAAAAGCCUAAUCGGCCCGAUGAGAGGAGGCGGAUCGAAGCUGCCGGCGGAAAAGUUAUCUCCGACGAUGGCUGCCCCCGUGUACAAGGAAUUCUUGCCAUGUCAAGAGCGCUCGGCGACAACUAUUUGAAGCCUUUUGUGAUCUGUCAACCUGAAUUGACGGUCAUAGACCGGACCACUAUGGAUGAUUUUUUAAUACUGGCCAGCGACGGUCUGUGGGACGUGCUGUCCAACGAGAACGCCCGCGACGUUGUUCGUGAUUGCUGGGCAGGUGGGAGGGCUGCUGAAAUUACGACCGCGACCAGUAUUUACUGGCCGGAGAGCCGGCUAUUUUCCGACAGGUUAUGUUGGGAGGCUUCGGCGCUGCUAGUGAUGGCGGCGUUGGCCAAAGGCACUGCUGACAACGUAAGCGCUCUUGUGAUCAAUCUGAAGGAGAACACGUAG